GUCCAGGGCUCCGAGAGGAGAGCACCAGCCCAGAGAGAGAGAGAGAGAGAGAGAGAGAGCGAGAGAGAGCGAGAGAGAGGGGGUCGAGAGUGAACGUAGGGGGGUUGCCAGUUUUUAAUCCCAAUCCCACACCUGAAGAAAGUGGUGGGUGAACCAAGAUUGAUCAGAUUAUUCUUUUUGUAAUCAGAGUUUGUCUCAGACUGAUGUGAGUGUUUGUGUUUCUGAAGCCUCUCCGUUUCAGCCAGGAUGGAGAACGCACACACCAAAGAGUCCGGAGACGUCCUGUCCCACUUUGGCGUUACUGAAGACAGCGGCCUCUCACCUGAGCAGGUUAAGAAGAACCUGGACAAGUAUGGCUACAAUGGUGAGAGAGAGAGAGAGAGCGAUGGAUGGAUGGAUGGAUGGAUGGAUGGAUGGAUGGAUGGAUGGAAUGGCAGCUGGUGUGUCUCUGUUUUGCUCUUUUUUUCAAAGCCCUGUAAGACUCGACUCGUCACUGUCAGUAAUCUUUGUUUCAAGUUCUGAAAGUUAUUUAGAGACUAAAAUGUCAACAACACCGACCUGAACAGAAAAAUCACUUUAAGUGUAUUUAUACCUCUUCACUGCUUACAGUUAAACAGAGGGACUAUUUGGAUAAACAGCUGAUUUCAGUGGAAAAAUGACAGUCAGCAAAUUUACUGUAAAUCCAAACAAACGUCCUGACUGUUGUGCUGCAGGUGACGGCGUUUAGACAUCCUAAACCUGCACCAGAGGAGGUCAGUCCAAACUUACUGAACUAAACAGUUCUCUUUAAGCGGUUCUGCUCGGUGCAGUUUGUGUAUUUUUUGUACUUUCUACAAAUCUGCAUGAUCUGCUUUGGCUGAGAGGACGGAUAGUUACGGCAGGUGUUUCACUGUCCUGUGGAAAGAUGCAGUUUUAGUGGUUAAGUAGUCAAAGGAUGGGGAGGCCCAGGCAGACCAACAUGCACAGACAUGGAGGAAGAAACAGAGUUUACUGAAAGGGUUUAGAAAGAUAGAAGAGUAGAAACAGACGUAGAAGUUAAAUAAGAAGGAGUUUGUUGACCAAUAGAUGCUCGGGUGCUGUGUGUGUAACCUUUGGUGACCUCUUUUAAACAUCAAAAAGUGUUUUUAAUGAAAACAUCCAGUUAUAAUUUCAAACUCAGUGACUUUUGGUUCAUCAGUUUCACACAAAGUCAACUUCCUCACUUUGAUUUCCUGCGUUUUUCUUGGAUCUUGCACGAGACUAAGAAUAACUACAAACAGAUAAAAGUCGAUCAUCUAAUAUUGAUAGAAUAAAACGAAACUAAAACCUUCAGAUCUGAUCUGUUUGACAAACUUAAGGAAGUCACGUGCGCCCUGCAGAUUGUUUACGUCACAGAGAGAGCAGGAGGAGCUGUGAUUGGAGGAGCUGUGAUUGGAGGCCAGAUUGUUAAAUUUGAGAUGUAAAAUAGAGUUAAUCAGUGAGACUUAAUAGUGACAGGUCUGCAUUUUAAAUGUAAAAACAAACCACUCCUUACCUAAAUACUUGUGAUGAUUUGUUUAGUUCACAAAAUGAAUCGACACACAAGAGUGGGAGAAGGUGAUCAUUUCUCACUUUUUAAUAAAAACUUCAACAACUGAAAAUUCUUCUUAUUAAUCUCAAACUUCAAGAACAACAACAAAAAAACAAACAACUAGAAACAAAAUCACAGAACAAAAACCUCCAUCUGUUCACCGAACAACCAAACAUGUCAAAGAUAAAUUUACACUAAUACAUGUUUGUUAAAGUAAUGCGUUGCUGGUGGUGCUGUUUUCUCUUAGAUAAUGCUCCUGUCUGUUAUUCUGUACCUUCAUGUUCAGCGUUCGUUUUCUCUAACUCUUAAAUAUUUAAAGUGUCUGGAUCUAAAAACGACAUUUCUCUAUAAUCAGUAGAAGAAACGUAAACUAAACCAAAACCACAACAAGACGACGCUGUCUGUGUGUGUUUACAAAAGAAGAGUUUGUAUCAGACACGUCUCUUUAACGUUACCAUGGUAACGGCAGUAAACAACUCUGGGCUGGUGUUGAGGAUCCCAGCUGACAGUGCGACAGUUAACAGGAUGAUUGGGGUCAGUGUGAAGGUCGACUCUGUGUUUUGGUUUUCCAUCAGGAGAUGUUCAGAUCCUGGUGUGUGAUGUUCAGUUCUUCUCCUGUUAACAGUUUGUUGUUUUUCUCUCUCUGACCCACAGAGCUGCCAGCAGAGGAGGGUGAGUCCACUUCAAACAUCUUUAACUCCUCAUGUUUAGACCACAGAGUUCAUCUUUUCACUCACACCUGUUCCCCUCACUUCCUGUGAUGAAGACACCUGUCAUCUCUGUCCUCUGAGACCUAAAUCAUCUCUAAUAAUGUUCUCAGAACAAACAGUCAGCUGUUUGGAAAUGUGUCUGACUGUAAACAGAAAGGUUUUCUCCUUUAUUUAUUUAACUUACAUUUUUCAAAACAGUCAGUUUAAAGUUAAAAAAAUGACAUGUGAUAAAUGUCUCUGAGGUAAAAUCAGUCACAACAUGCUGAAAGUAAUUCCUUUUGUACCUAACACUGAUCAGUUCAGAUAUGAGUCUUUAUUUUAGGACGAAUAACCAGUUAAUUAAAACCGUGUUUGUAAAUCAACAGCUGACCCUAAACUCUGAGAAACGUGUUUGUUCCAGGAAAGACGAUCUGGGAGCUGGUGGUGGAACAGUUUGAGGACCUGUUGGUCAGAAUCUUACUGCUGGCCGCCUGCAUCUCUUUUGUGAGUACCAUCAUUUUCCUUUGGGACAGUUUUUUCUCUCUUGUUGCUCACAGCCUGAAGGGGGCGCUCCUGACGGCUAAGACCAGGAAACUGAGGCUGCAGUUUAAUUUCUUAGUACCAACUGAGCCUCGUUUAGACCCCACAGCCCACCUGGGUAUUAUUCCUGACCAUGUCCACCCCUCUAUGAUCACAGCGUUCCUAUCUUCUGAUGGAUAGUUCCUGCAGGAACCACGUCACAGAGCCCAGAUCAUCUCAGACUGGUUUCUUCAGUAAAUUAAGGUCCCUGUACUCCAGAGACCUCCACAGUCCCAGAUCUCAGUCCGGCAGAGCCCCUGUGGGAUGUGGAGGAACGGGAGAUUUAAGGCAGUUCUGGAGACUCAGUACCAGUGAGGUGUACCUAAUAAAAUGACCUGUGAGUUUAUAAAGGACAUUUUAACAUAAACCAUAUUAUCUAAGAUGACCAAUGAGAAGGUCCAGAAAGAGCGAGCUCCUACAGGCUCCACCAAUCAAAGGGUCAGAUUGAUGUUCAGGUUGUUUGAGUUUCAGACCUGGAAAUACUUUACUAAUAAAUAUAAUUAUAAUGAUAUACCUUUAUAAAUGUAAGUGAAAGGAAGAAACUGAUCACAGUCAUUGAUCACACUGAUAAUACCUCAGUGUUUAUUUAGUGAUCGAACACUCUGAGGAACACCAAUAAAGAACAGUACAUCACCAGGCUGUUUUAUUACGUGUGGACUUAUGUCCUCACUCUCAUUUACACAAGGAAUCCCCCCCCACCACCUCACCCCCACCUCCCCCUGACUGCUGCUCUCUCCAAAACAGUUUAUGGAAGAGAGUGGUGCCGCACUCUUCCUUAAUCCUCCAUCUCUGCCCUCCGGCCUCCCCGCUCAGCUGUCAGGAUGGCCUUAGAAGGCCUGAUGGCUGCUCGUGUGUGUGUGUGUGUGUGUGUGUGUGUGUGUGUGUGUGUGUGUGUGUGUGUGUGUGUGUGUGCAUGUGUAAUGUGGUGAGUAAGAUAAAGAGAAAGGCAGAAAGAGAAUGGCUGUGUGUGUGUGUGUGUGCGUGCACGUAUGCAUGUCAGGAGCUUUAUUUUAAGAAAGUCUCAGUCCAGGACGAGAAACUGUAUCCUUGGACAAAGGUCAGGGAUGGAAGGAACGAGGAGCGGCUCGCAGCAGGAGCAGCAGCAGGAGCAGCAGGAGAGAGUGAGAGGUGUAGAGGAGGGUGGAGGUGGUGAUGGGGGAGUCAGGGAUUGGGUUGCACCAUGACAUUGUUUGUUACAAUGACUAACGAGAGCGAUAGAUUCAGAGUCGUAUACAGUUUCUAAAAGAGAGAACAGUAAAUACUGCAGAUGCGUGCUCGUCCUAUUCAUACACACAGGAAUGUGGCGCUGCGGCGGCGUGCUGACAGCCUCUGACUCUCAGCGUAGAGAUCGAUUGUGUCUUUGAAGAGAAGAGAAGACAGAGCAGAGAGGAUGAGAAGAGAGCCUAUUUUAGGGAAAGGGUGAGGAGAAAAGUCCGAUGAAAAGCAGGUGAAUGGAAACACGCCGCUGCUGCCGCUGCUGAUGAUGAGAGAAGAAAUCAGAGCUGCAGAGGGAGGGAUGAGACUCCCCUCUGCUCAGCUCCGCUGGCCUGCAGCUAAUCUGUGUCAAUGUCAACAUAGAGCCUUUCCGAAACAGACCUGUGGUAGCAACCAGGGACCCCCGCUGAGCUCACAGGCCCGCACACGUGUUCCACUAUAGGUUCAGAGGAGUCACAUGGAGGGGAGAGACCUCCUGCAUACAAUGACAUAAGUGACAACUAAGUGAAAUGUCAUUUGAUCCACUAAUGGUUGUUGUAAAUAGCUCCUCAGCGUGACUAUUUUAUGUUUGUGUUUCAUGGUGGAUGGCAGUAAAAGAUAAGACUGUCGCCCAGAGGAACAGGUGCACAGCAGACCGAAAGACCUGCAGGACUAAGUCCAGUCCAGUCCAGAGUGUGUUAAAGUUCAGAGUUAGAGCUUCACAAGUCCAAAGGAAAGGCUCUGAACUCCUUCAUCUUUUCUAUACGUGUUAAGGCUAUAUACUAUAAGGCGCACCAUCGAUGAAUGCGUCUGUUCGCCUCUAUUUUCAUACAUAAAGUGCAUUAAACCAAACAAAACAGUCAGAUAAGUCAAACUUUAUUUAUCUAAUUCAGUAAAUCCGCGAGGCUACGGUAGCUGCAGCGCUCCGACAAGCCAAAUGGAUUUUAGGUGUGCCUUAUAGUGCGAAAAAUACGGAAUCCAAUUCUUUGUUGACAGUUGUCUAGUUUCCCUUUCAAUGAAGAAGAAUGAAAUCGUGACAUUUGAAUCUUUUCACCUCUGAACGAUAAACAAAUAAGGUGAAUAUCGAACAUUCGCUGUAAAACAACAACAACAAAAAGGCGAUGAGUGAAACAGCAGUCUGACAGAGUGACAAACCAAAACAGGACUGAGCUCAUCUUUAACUCUGGACUUUCUUAUAGACGAAUGUUUCCAUGUAGAGAUGAACGUCUCAGAGGAAGACGUAACGGAUCGAAAACUGUGAAUGCAAAUGUUAUAGAUGUUAUAGAUGUUAUAAAUGUUAUAGAUGUUAUAGAUGUUAUAAAUGUUAUAGAUGUUAUAGAUGUUAUAAAUAUUAUGGAUGUUAUAGAUGUUAUAGAUGUUAUAGAUGUUAUAAAUAUUAUGGAUGUUAUAGAUGUUAUAGAUGUUAUAGAUGUUAUAAAUAUUAUGGAUGUUAUAGAUGUUGUUAGAGGAGUGACUUUUCUUUUAGUCUCCAUGUUUUAAGUCUUUGUUUGUGUUUUAAAGUCUCGACUACACCUCACCUAAAAACAUUCAAACAUAAAAACACUAACAGCUGUUUGUCAGAAUAAACGUUAAUUACAGUCUCAGUGUUCAUCUCUGAUCUCUCUCUCUCUCUCUCUCUCUCUGUUUCUCUCUCUCUCUCUCUCUCUCUCUCUCUCUCUCUCUCUCUCUCUCUCUCUCUCUCUCUCUCUCUCUCUCUCUCUCUGUCUGUCUGUCUGUCUCUCUCUCUCUCUCUCUCUCUCUCUCUCUCUCUGUCUGUCUGUCUGUCUGUCUGUCUCUCUCUCUCUCUCUCUCUCCCUUCCAGGUGCUGGCCUGGUUCGAGGAGGGGGAGGAAACAGUCACCGCCUUUGUGGAGCCCUUCGUCAUCCUCCUCAUCCUCAUUGCCAACGCUGUUGUUGGAGUGUGGCAGGUCAGUGAUCACGCAUGCACACACACACACACUCAGAGGAACAAUUGCGAUCACAAGGACACAUACCUGUCUCUGAACACAGUCUUUUACACACACCUAAAUAGCCUCUUAUACUUGGAAACAGUCACACAUCAUAAAUCACACACCGCCGUGUCCUUUACUCUGAGAGGGACAGAGUUCAGAGGAAUCCACAACCAGAGAGCCCACGUCAGCACGAGGUGAAAAGGUCAAAGGUUAAGCCAACAGGGGUGGUGUAGAUGGAAGGAGGAGGAGGAGGAGGAGAGGGGGGAUGACAGACCCUCACCCGUCCUGUCUUGAGGCUCUAACUGCUGCUCUGCUUUGUGACAAUCCACAGUAAAAAUACAGAGGGCUGAUCGGGUUACCGCGGGCCCGGGACGAGUGUGUUUCUGAGUCUGUGCUGUGGUGGGGGGGGGUUCAUAUCGACUCAGCAGCAGUCAUUUGGAAACUAUGCACAAGGAUUCACACAUGGGGGGUGAGAGGGGGAGAGCGGCUGGCAUAAGUCGGGCUUUACACUUUGAGGCGGGCGAGGGCAGUCUUAGGAGAAACGAACAUCAGGCCGUGACUUCUGUGGUCAACCUGUUGUUCAGCAGACGCAGAAACAGUCAGUCAGUCAGUCAGUCAGUCAGUCAGUCAGUCUGCAGACACUCAACAUCAGUCAUCCAAUCACAGCUCAUGUCUCAUCACUGCAGCGUUUUCACACCAAUCUCAGGUGAUAAUAAAGAUCUGUGGUCAUUUGAGCAGGUCACAUGUCCUCAACAGACUUUAAAUAGAUAAUAUGAUGGUGAUAAUGGAUUUGUGAGGACCAAUACUGAUAUGCUGCAUUAAUACGAUCAAUCAUUAUUAAUCAUGAAUCAGUCUGUCUGUAUUGGAGGUACAUCUGUCCUGCUCAGAGGUUCCUUUAGAGGGCGUCAGAGAGCUCAGGCUGGGUUCAACCACUGGAUUAGUAAAAUGUAAACAAGACACAGAAGAACUUCAGGAUGAUUCUUCUCUGUGUCUGUGUCCUGUCGAGUGACAACAUGGUGAGGUAUUUUAGUGUUUAUUUAUUUAUCACAGAUUAAAAACAGAGCAGGGAGGGAACGAAGCCGAUAGGCUGAUACAGAGUUCCUCUCCUGUCAGGGCAGAGACAGAUCAGGUGCAGACGACAAAGUAACUCGGACAUAGACAGGUUACAGAUGAACAGUGAUUAGUGAAAGACUGUCAUAAAUAAAACACAGACUGAUCAUCAAACAGUGAUAAAGACAAUAAAAGUAUUUAUAUUAAAGAAACAUGAUCAUAACAAAUAAUGAUGAAUUUAAGACAAGAUCAGAUCAGAGAUUUUAAUGAUGUUUUAAAGGAGUUGAGGGAUGAUUGAUUUAACUCAGGAGACUGAUGACAGGAGGUCUGAACAUCCUGCUGGGACCACACUCUCAGUUACUGUAUUUUUCACAUUAUAAGACGCACGUAAAAUCCGUUUGGCUUGUCGAAGCGCUGCAGCUACCGUAGCCUCGCAGAGUUAUUGAAGGAGUUAAAUAAAGUUUGACUUAUCUGACUGUUUUGUUUGGUUUAAUGUGCCUCAUGUAUGAAAAUAGACGCGUCCAUCGAUGGUGCGCCUUAUAGUGCGAAGAAUCCGGUAUGUGGUUAUGUUCAGGGUCUGAAUCAGUGCAGGUGACUCUGAGCAGACAGGUAGCAGCUCCCACCCGUCACUCUAAAAGGUCACGCCCAAUACAUCACAACUUUAACCCCAAAGACAGAGUUUUUCCUCUCUUCUGUUGUUUCCACUGAGCGUGUUGUUACUAAACUCAGAGCUCUUCAUGUUUUCUGUGAAUUUUCCCAUCAGGAGCGAAACGCAGAGAGCGCCAUUGAGGCUCUGAAGGAGUACGAGCCUGAGAUGGGGAAAGUUUACCGAGCGGACAGGAAGAGUGUGCAGAGAAUCAAGGCCAGAGAGAUUGUUCCCGGUGAUGUGGUGGAGGUUUCCGGUAAGAUUCCCAGAACAGGAGAACAGGUGUCCUUUUAUUGUUCUACCUGCUGCAUGAACUGGAGUUUAUCUGCUGAAACACCGAGGAGCCGUCAGCACUGACACCAUCAACACAUCAGAUCAAGGACAGAAACUCACCUAAUCUGAGGGUAACAGAGUUAUUUUUAAAUCGCUGAAUGACUCAAAGCGGGUCGGCUAAGUUUAGCCAUGUGGGGUCAGAGGUCAACUUCUCCAAACAAAGCCCUCCGAACAGCUCUGCAUGUUCACAUCUGUAUUAACCCGAGGACUCCAAAACCUUUAAUCAGUCGUGUUUCACAGGAGGAUCGUGUGAAUUCUCCUGCAGAUUAAAUGUUCAGAGUCUGUCAUCGGGGUCACAACAGCUGAGGGUCAGUGUGAGUUUCUGUGAGAGAGUCUAUGUUCAUGUCUGUGAUAAAGUCUUUAUGUAGAAAACAAACAGGUGUGAUUAAAAAUCUGCUUUUAGACUCAGUUAAAUAUCUGACACAGAGGAAAGAGUCUGAGUCUGUCGUUCGUCUCCUCCCUUCAUCACAAACAGACUCUAACAUGAGGAAAGAUGAGCGUGUGUUCAGUUUACCCGCUCUCUCUCUGACUCCUGAGAUAAGGCUCCUAAAUAACCUUAAGCUUCUCUGCACGUGCUCACUGCUUCUGUUGUCCUUGAGAAUGAACACGCGCCCUUUUAAGGCAGCGACAGAAACAAGGGGGCGGAGGAGGAGGAGGAGGAGGAGGAGGAGGAGGAGGAGGAGGAGGAGGAGGAGGAGGAGGAGGAGGAGGCGGCGAGUCGAAGGAACUCUGCUGCUGGAAGGAAAAAAAACAAGCUUGAGUAUAAAUAAACUUCAUAUCGACUCGCUGCGCUCGCUCUGUCUGCUCCACACCUGUUCUCUUCAUUUCAUCAUCUCCCCAAGGUCUCCCUCUCCCACUGUCUCGGACUGUGGUUUCAGUUUUCAACAACAACAACACCAUCCAUGCAGAGUGCUAAAACCAGUCAGUCAACCCUGCACCCCCCAACCCAUCCAUCCACCCCUCCAUCCAUCCACCCCUCCAUCCAUCCAUCCAUCCACCCCUCCAUCCAUCCAUCCAUCCAUCCAUCCAUCCAUCCAUCCAUCCAUCCAUCCAUCCAUCCAUCCAUCCAUGCUGUAAUGAUGCAAUUAGACUGAUUUGAAGCUUCUGUGAUUCUGCACAAAAAAAGACCAAAUCUGCUGAAUAAAGAUUGAUUUUAUUCACUGUAUGUAAUAAAAUAUUUAGAAAGAGAAAACCGUUUAUUAAAACCGUGAUGACGCUGAAACUCAGGGUACAGAGAGUCCUGAGUACUGCUCAUCUAAUCCAAUAAUAAUAGAAACCACUGAAAUCCUGUUUCUGUGUUUUUAUCACUAGUUGGUGACAAAGUUCCCGCUGACAUCAGGAUCAUCUCCAUCAAGUCUACGACCCUGCGUGUGGACCAGUCCAUCCUCACUGGUGGGUGUUACAGGACAGACGCUCACAGACAUUCAUGUGAUUCAUUUCCUGCUCCUUCCCAUAACUCCUGUCUCCUCCCACAGGUGAGUCUGUCAGCGUGAUCAAACACACCGACGCCGUCCCCGACCCCCGUGCCGUCAAUCAGGACAAGAAGAACAUGCUCUUCUCUGUGAGUCUCUCCUCUCUUCUGUGUUCAAACAUCAGAGCUUCGGUCAGCGCUGAAAAACUCGGUUCCCCCACUGUCUCAUUUUUCACCUCAGAAGUUUCUCCUGAACCAGUCGAGCAGACAAACACAGAGCUGACACGCAGAAGUUAAACUCAAAUGACUCAGUCAGACUUCAUGUAACCUUUUCUCAGUGGACGCUGUGGGAGCACCCGCACUCAUGAUGGUUUUCAGGAACAGGGAGAGAAAAAUAACCCGACAUAUCAGGGAGAGAGAGAUCUGUACAGUUUAAUGACAGUAAAAAACGUGUGGAAGGACGAAGUAUGAUGAGGAUCAUAUUACAGGAACGUGUUGUUGGACAUGUUCUGUUUUAUCUCCUGUGUUUGGGUCCGUUCAGGGCACUAACAUCGCUGCUGGAAAAGCCACCGGUAUCGCUGUUGCGACUGGAGUCUCCACUGAGAUCGGUAAGAUUCGUGAUCAGAUGGCGGCGACUGAGCAGGAGAAGACGCCUCUGCAGCAGAAACUGGAUGAGUUUGGAGAGCAGCUCUCAAAGGUUGGUGAAGCUGAUCUGUGAAACAGUUUUGAGUGUUCAUGGAGGACACGGAGUAAAGCUGCAGCUGUUGACUCUCACGUCUCUGUGCCUGCCUGUCCUCCAGGUCAUCUCCCUCAUCUGUGUGGCCGUGUGGAUCAUCAACAUCGGUCAUUUCAAUGACCCCGUACACGGAGGCUCCUGGUUCCGUGGUGCCAUCUACUAUUUUAAGAUCGCUGUGGCUCUGGCUGUGGCUGCCAUCCCUGAAGGUAAACCCCUGCUGUAUCAGCUUCCAUUUGUUUACUGAGAGAGAUUAUCAGAUCUAUUAUCGUAGCUCGUCCAUAUGCAGACACUGCAGCGAAAAUCGAUCAGAAACUGGGUUAGGUGAGUCCGACUUCAGAUUGAGUUUAUUGUUUUCAAAAAGGGAAAAAAACUCAGAUUAACAAACAUCAGACCUAAACAAAAAAAUGUUUCAGAAAACUCGUCUGAUAUUUACAUGAAAAAACGUAUAAAGAUCCUAAAACUACAAACACAGUCAAACAUUAAAACUCUGAACCUCUUUUAUCCUCAUUAUGCCUGACUUUAAACGUUUAUAACACAAACAGGUGAGCUCUAAAAAUGAGCUCCAGACAUCCAGACUGUCUUCAGGUCAAAGUCCUGAACACAGACUGUUUACUGAGAUGGUGCUCCUGGUGGACUCUUGAGGGACUGCAGUUUCUCCUCAGCCUGGAAGUCUCUGCUUCACCUUCAUUCAUGAGAUCAAACGUUCAGAUGAUGUUAAAGAUCAUCUGCACAUGAAGACACCUCUAUACUGUCACCUCACUGGACAGUAUCCAGACAUGGUCAGGGUCACUUUCUGACAACUAUCUGAUCACAGAUCAGUCUGAGCGGCCUCCAGCUGUCCCCCCUCCAGCAGGAAUACCUCGGAGAACACAGAGGUCUGGUUCUGAUCCAGCUGGUGUGUGAAGGACUGUCAGGGGAACUCCAUAUUUGUCAGCGUGCCCGGUGGCAUCGAGUCCCUGAAGACCAGCUGUUUCUAAAGCGACGUGUUGGAUCAUCGACGGUGGAACGAAUUAUCCGACUCAUCCAACCCUCAGAGUCCGUCUCUACUUUCAAAGUCCUUCUCCACUGUUGUCCCCUGAACGGGUAGAACCAGUCCUCCAGCCACAGUCCACUCUCACUGUCCUGCUCUGACCCAGCACAUUACUGUGGUGAAGACGGUUUCAUUGGUGGUGAUGAUGAUAGUUGUUUUUUGUUGAUUGUUGAGGUUCAUAAAAAAGUCGAUCUUUUGGUCACUCCUGUUCUUGGCUGUACCUUUGUCCGAUCUUCCUGAUCUUCUUGUCUCGAUCUUUGCUGGUCUCCUUCUGAUAAAUAACAUUUUAACUCUGUAACAUUAGAGAGUCCAAAGUCCUGAUCCUCUUUACUGACUUUAUUAGACUUUCAUAUUCUUCAUAUUCUCGUUCCUGAAGACUUUGACUCCAGUUUCAGACCUACAUGCUCCUUUUGAAGACCAGGCUGGUCUUGUUUUCUUGAGUUUGUAUCAUUGAGCUUCACCCUCCAAACAUUUACAGUUAUUUAGAUUUUUAUAAGACGUGUUUUUGGGCCUCUCUUGUCAUUAUGGGAUGGUGCAGCUGAAGGGGGACAGGAACCCACAGAGAUGUUUUUAAUGAAGUCUUCCUCUCGAUCCGUCACAGGUCUCCCCGCUGUCAUCACCACCUGCCUCGCUCUGGGAACUCGGCGUAUGGCCAAGAAGAACGCCAUCGUCAGAAGUCUGCCCUCCGUGGAGACGCUGGGCUGCACCUCCGUCAUCUGCUCCGACAAGACCGGCACCCUCACCACCAACCAGAUGUGUGUGACUAAGGUACGAGUUCACAGCUGCACCAGUAAACUCAUGAGGUUUGACUGGAUAUGAGAGAGUUUCUCACUCACAGACAUUUCUGUUUUUGAACGCAGAUGUUUAUCAUCGAUAAAGUCGAGGGUGAAAGUGUUUCUCUGGGUCAGUUCGACAUCUCAGGUUCAAAGUACACACCUGAAGGAGAAGUGUGAGUAUGAGGACGUACAGAAUCAGUAUGAUCACACUGUCCUCUUCUUUAACUCUUCAUAAAUCUCUUCCUUCAGUACGAAGAACGGCUCGUCUGUGAAGUGCGGUCAGUACGACGGUCUGGUGGAGCUGGCGACCAUCUGUGCUCUGUGCAACGACUCGUCUCUGGACUACAACGAGGUCUGCAGGAUUCAGGAAACUCCUAAAGAUCUGAACAUACAGGACAUUUAAUCCUUAACGCCUUUAUUUUCUAUCCUGCAGUCUAAAGGUAUUUAUGAGAAAGUGGGCGAGGCCACUGAGACGGCGCUGAGCUGUCUGGUGGAGAAGAUGAACGUCUUCAACUCUGAAGUCCGCGGCCUGUCCAAGGUGGAGAGAGCAAACGCCUGCUGUUCGGUAAGUCCUCUGAAGACUCCAAACAGGACGAGGUGUGUCAUCCUCUCCACUUCCUGUGUUUUAGAGCUGCUCAGAGGACAGAGGACAGAGGAAAGGUCACAUCCUCUCUGAACGAAGGGAAAGUGUUCAGUGUUAGACGGACACAACCGUUCAAAAAUAACAGAGAUGAUAUUAUUUCAUGGAGACAGUCGAUCAAAAUGUUUUCUUAUCUAAGGAUGUAAAAAGACCCCCCCCUUUAGUUAACAGGGUUAGACAGCAGUCUGUGUGUAAAUCAGCCGAUUUUUAAAACUUUUUAUUACGUUAUAAAUACAUAUAUACAUAUAUAUAUAUAUAUAUAUAUAUAUAUAUACAUAUUUAUAUAUAUAUAUAUAUAUAUAUAUAUAUACAUAUAUAUAUAUAUAUAUGUAUAUAUGUAUAUAUAUACACCUUAGGCUACUGCUCUUCACGCCGACAGGAAGACCCACUGAUCAAACUCAGACCAGAAAAGCGUUUUUAACUCCCUAAUACCUGAAACGGACUCUUGUUUGUUUUUGGACCAACAGGUGAUCAAACAGCUGAUGAAGAAGGAGUUCACCCUGGAGUUCUCCAGAGACAGGAAGUCCAUGUCUGUUUACUGCUCACCUGCCAAGUCUGCUAAAGCACCAGUGGGAAACAAGAUGUUUGUCAAAGUGAGAGUUUGUGACACACGUGUUACACAAAAACAAACAGCAUGAGAGGACGACAAAUUCAGGUUUACAGCCUGAUACACAGACGUUAAUAUUUGUGUGUCGGCGACACAGAAGAGUGUUUUUAAAUGACCUUCAUGUCAGAGACAGUUUUCAGAUUUGAUACUCAGGUGUUUGUCGUGUCUUCAGGGCGCUCCAGAAGGCGUCAUCGAUCGCUGCGCGUACGUCCGUGUGGGCACCACCCGUGUCCCCCUGACCACCCCCCUCAAAGACCACAUCAUGUCCGUCAUCAAGGAGUGGGGGACCGGGCGAGACACUCUCCGCUGUCUGGCUCUGGCCACCCGAGACACUCCUGUGAAGAAGGAGGAGAUGAACCUGGAGGACUCGACCAAGUUCGCCGACUAUGAGGUGGGCGGUUCAGGACGGGAGAGACAAACAAACAACUCUUUUAGAAAAACGAAGACAGACUCGAGAGAGCGCUGAACUCUCUCUGUUUCUCCCUCCAGGUUGAUCUGACCUUCGUGGGCUGUGUGGGCAUGCUGGACCCUCCUCGCAAGGAAGUCAUGAGCUCCAUCGAGCUGUGCAGAGCUGCAGGCAUCAGAGUCAUCAUGAUCACGGGUCAGAACCAGAACUUUUUCACUUUUAGAUGAAGGAAACGGAGUUCACGUCUCAAACAGUCCUCAUCUUCGUCCCCCAGGUGACAACAAAGGCACAGCUGUGGCUAUCUGCCGUCGCAUCGGCAUCUUCAGCGAGGACGAGGACGUCACUGGAAAGGCCUUCACCGGACGCGAGUUUGAUGACCUCACCCCCUACGACCAGAAGAACGCCGUGAGGAAGGCGUGCUGCUUCGCCAGAGUGGAACCCUCCCACAAGUCUAAGAUCGUUGAGUUCCUGCAGGGCUUCGAUGAGAUCACCGCCAUGGUGAGACGAACGCCAUUUAUCUGUUAAAGUAGAGAGAUGUUCCCGUAGAUAAACCUCAUCGCUCUGUGUUUCCUCUGACCAAAGACCGGAGACGGAGUGAACGAUGCCCCCGCCCUCAAAAAGGCGGAGAUUGGCAUCGCCAUGGGCUCUGGCACUGCCGUUGCCAAGUCUGCCUCUGAGAUGGUCCUGGCUGACGACAACUUCUCCUCCAUCGUGUCUGCGGUCGAGGAAGGACGCGCCAUUUACAACAACAUGAAGCAGUUCAUCCGCUACCUCAUCUCCUCCAACGUGGGCGAGGUGGUCUGGUGAGUGUGUUCUCCUAAUCAUCACCACUUCAUCCCUGUCAAUCAUCCUCUCAUCGUCAGGGGACCUUUGAGGCCGCAGGUGUUCAUGUAGAUGUUCAUGUAGAUGUUCAUGUAGAUGUUCAUGUAGAUGUUCAUGUCGAUGUUCAUGUAGGUGUUCAUGUAGAUGUUCAUGUCGAUGUUCAUGUCGAUGUUCAUGUAGAUGUUCAUGUAGAUGUUCAUGUAGAUGUUCAUGUCGAUGUUCAUGUAGAUGUUUGAGAUCACGUAGAGACACAGAAGGUCUUUGUAACCCGUUCCUCCUCCUCUUCCUCCCUCAGUAUCUUCCUCACUGCUGCUUUGGGUCUCCCCGAGGCUCUGAUCCCCGUCCAGCUGCUCUGGGUCAACCUGGUGACUGAUGGUCUCCCCGCCACCGCCCUGGGCUUCAACCCCCCUGACUUGGACAUCAUGGGCAAAGCCCCCCGCUCCCCCAAAGAGCCCCUGAUCUCAGGAUGGCUCUUCUUCAGAUACUUGGCCAUCGGAGGUAAAACACUCAGAUGUCCUGAGAGCAGGAGGAGAUGAUCACUCACAGCUGUUUUCUCUUCUAACCCUAAACUUCCUCUCCAGGUUACGUCGGCGCAGCGACGGUCGCAGCAGCAGCCUGGUGGUUCCUGUACUGUGACGAGGGCCCGAUGGUCACCUUCCACCAGCUGGUGAGUUUUUGACCUGAACUCUCCUGCUGAAGUUUGUCUGAAGUUUCAAACACGUGACCCUCCUCUUCCUCGUCCUCUUUUUCUUCAGUCUCACUUCAUGCAGUGCAGCGAGGAGAACGAGGACUUCACAGGAAUCCGCUGCGAGGUGUUUGAGGCCGCUCCCCCCAUGACCAUGGCUCUGUCUGUCCUCGUCACCAUCGAGAUGUGCAACGCCCUGAACAGGUCAGUGACUCUCUGUCUUAGCUGGAGACGCACCCAUCCGUUUUAUUCUGAUCCAAUACCGAUACCUGAGCUGAGCGUAUCGGCCGAUAUCCGACUCUGAUCCAACACGACUGUUGAAUGAAGGAACUGUAGACCUGUGAGUGAGGGCGUCAGGUCUGACAUUAGCCUUAGGCGUCAGCAGUGAUGCGGACGAUUAACCGAUCAGUGGUGGUGAAGAAAGAGCUGAGCCGUAAGGAGAGACUCUGGAUUUACCGGUCGAUCUACGUGCCGAUCCUCACCUAUGGUCAUGAACUUUGGGUAAUGACCGAAAGAACAAGAUCGCAGAUACAAGCGGCUGAAAUGGGUUUCCUCCUCAGGGUGUCCGGGCUCAGCCUUAGAGAUAGGGUAAGGAGCUCGGACACUCGGCUGCUCUUCAGUGAAUACAGUCUGUGAUUUUAGCGACAGUCUUCGAUCUUCAGGAGAGUCGACUUUAGUUUCCAAAGUCUGUUGGAAUGUGAAGAAUCUGGGACCAGGAUUUUAGGACUUUACCUGUUUGUCUGAAACUGUCUGAUCUAAGUUCACUCCUCCGCCCUCACCCCCACCUCCACACUCUCCCCCACCUCCACACUCACCCCCACCUCCGCCCUCCUCCCUCCAGUCUGUCGGAGAACCAGUCUCUGGUGCGUAUGCCUCCCUGGAGUAACGGCUGGCUGGUGGGCGCCAUGUCCCUCUCCAUGUCCCUCCACUUCAUGAUCAUCUACGUGGACCCUCUGCCCGUGAGUCUCACGCCCGUCUCCAUGUACUGCUCUGUUGUGCGUUCAGUGCGUCGGUGUAAACACGCCGGCGCCGCCGCUCUCAUCCUCAGAUGAUCUUCAAGCUGACUCACCUGAACGUGGAGCAGUGGAUGAUGGUCCUGAAGCUCUCCUUCCCCGUCAUCCUCAUCGACGAGAUGCUCAAGUUUGUGGCUCGCACGUAUCUGGAGGGUGAGUUCGCCGUGUGACGUGUUCGCCACGCGUGACUUUGACUCUGUAGGUGUGACGUUAACAGCAGACUCACUCUGAGUUUAGAUGUUUAGAUGUUUCUCUUCCCUCAGAUCUUCUCUUUACCUCCAACAGUUUGAACCUGGUUUAGAUUUCUGAACUCCUCCUGUAACUCUUCACCACGUUAAUCAUAGAAAUGUUUCAGAGUAAUUCUCCCCCCUCAUUAAAUAUCCUUUAAUCUCUCUGUUCUGACCCUCCUUCUUGAUCUCACUCACUUUUCUGUUCUCACCCUCUGACCCUCCAGUCUAAACCCGUCCCCCUCCUUCAUCCCCCGUAACAAACAAAGGUAUCCUCCUCCUCCUCCUCACUGAAGGUCUCAACUCUCUGCAUCUUGACCGUCUUCUCAGUCUGCGCUCCGAACUUUUCCAUGUUGGAGUUUCUCUCUCAGAGAAACGUCCUCGUCUGUCAGAUGUUGUUUAUGUGUUUAAGUCUUUGGAUCCUGAGUGAAGCUGGAUCAGUUUCAGGUUGUGUGUCUGUCAUUGAAGUUUGAUCCGUCUCUGCAGUAUUUCUAUCGUCUGUCUUCAGAGACGUCAGAAACACUGAACUGUCUCCUGCUUUGACUCUGUGAACUUUAACCCUGAGUGUGCACGAAUUAACAGAGUCAAACAUCAUCCAAAUGUUCCCGCAGUUUUUCUCUAACGUGAUUCUUUUGGACGAAUAAGAACAGAAAUUUCUCUGACUUGAUGCUAAACAGACGAUUUCAGUUUUCUACAUUUAUCUAGAACGCACAGAUAAGUGAAGUUUAGUGAUGAAGUUAAAAUAGAAAUUAGAAACUAAAGAUCAAACUUUUUUUUACCUCUGAGGUUAAAUUCAAACAUUUUCAGAGCGACAGCGUCGGCUCAGCAGCAGCAGCUCACAGAUUAUCAUCAGGAGAUUUAAAGGUUUCAUCGAAAUCUGAGUUUAAUCCAGAAUCAGGAAAUCCAGUUUAUGUUUAGAAAACUGGAUCAGAUCAGAUCUAGACCCCGACUCUCACAGAUGAAAGUGUGAAGUCGCCUUUAAACCAAAACCUGCUCAGUUUGUGACUUCAGCCGUGACGGCGUUUAGUAUCACCGUGACGACGACAUUUUCUCUCCAUCUGAGUCUGAAUCCUGACGGUUCCUCCAAACAGCAAAACAUCCUGAUCAUCUGAGGAUUGAUUUACAGCAUCUGUCAAAUUACAACAGUGACACCCAGUGGCCAAAACACCAACUACAACAUCAGAGAGAGAGAGGAGUUUUCAGGCCCACUCUGAACUCACACAGACGCUGACAGAGAGACGACAGACGCAGCAGGUAAACUCAACGACCCGAGUCUGUGGAGGACUUGAGACCCGCUCCGAUUCAGGAUUUAACUUCUGAGGGAAAACCUCGUCUUUAUUCUGAGAUGGUCUUCAGGAUUACAAGAACAGAGACCACAUCUACCUUACUCUGUCCACAGAGGGCGCCAAAACUGGAAGAUCGUCACAGCAGCACAUAUUCAGAGUUUCUUAUGUUUGUCACGUUAUCCUGCUCUCUCCUGGGAUUAAAAUAAUCCAGAUUUUUGUUUCUAACUGAACAAAAACUUCAAGAAGAAAUAGCCGCCAAACACCAACGAGGAAGAAGCGUGAAAGAGAGAGAGAGAGAGAGAUUUAAGUUUGUCAAAGUUUCUCAGGAAGAAUGAACUCUUCUCUUAGAACAACAUUAGAAACACAGUUCUAUCCUGUAAAGGAGGAUAAACGACCAACAUGAUUAAACACUCAGGAUUCAUGGAGGAGAAACACCCGAGUGUCCGUCUUUGACAUUCUUCACCAGUGUGGUGCCGUAGAAUACACCCCUGAUGGGAGCGCGGUUCAAAGUUCAUAACAAGGAGAAAUAAUCUGAGUUUUUCUCACUGUUGGUCAGAAUCUAAAGUGAGUUCCUUUAAUGAUUUUAUUCAGAUAAACUGAAAACGACAGCCCUCUGAUUCUGAAUAUUUACUGUCCUGAAAAUAUAAAGUUCUCUACUUUGACAGUUUACUGUAGAGUUUAUAAACCCGAGUUCAUCUCUAUCAAAACCAAAGUUUCCUGCUCCAUCUGUCAUGUUGUCAUGAUCUAAUACUCGUGUUUUUUCUAAAUAUCAGAUCAUUUUCUUCACUUUAAGAAGCUCAUGAGUGGAGGGGACACAUUCUACCACACAACACCGGUCUAACCAAUCAGAAUCAGAGAAGUGAAACAAUAAAUGACAUCUGUCUUCUUCUAACUUUGAAGUGUCAAACAAACUGUACUGAGUACGGAGGGUCAACUUAAAUAUCCAACUAACGUCAGUCUUAGACUUAGACAGACGACCUGAAAACAAAAACUGAGAUUUAUAAACUGGUUAAAAAUGUGAGAAAUUCACAGUAAAGUUCUUAAAAAGUUCAUAUAAUUUUAAAAUUCAUGAAGUUCAGAAAUUUCAUCUAAAAAGAAGAAGAACUCUGGUUAACGCCCUCAUUAAACCAGGAAUUAUUUUAAUAUCCUGCCUUUGAAAAGAAACAGAAUCAGAACCGCUCAGAAUCAAACGAUACCCGACCCCGGUGAUGACUGACUCCUGUCCAGAACAACUGUCCAGACUUUGAGAGGUUUGGGUUCUUUAGAGAUGUUCAGAGGUUAGCUGGCUGCAUGGAUGUGCUAAGCUAACAUUAGCUAGCAUCAGAUGUUUGUUGUGUUUUAGCCUGUUUGACUAAAGGUCAUAAAUGCAUCUCCUCUAAUCCUCCUGAGUCCCGCUCCCUCCUCUCAUCGCUCGUCUCCUCCUCUCAGCUGACGUGUCAGGUCUCUCCCUGCAGGUAAAGUGUAAAGGUGAGGAGGAGGAGGAGGAGGAGGAGCAGAGAGCGGCUGAAGCAGAGAGCGAGCGGAGGCUCAGAGGAGAAACCGCCGAGCGCUCGCACUGAGAGAAAGCUGUCAAGAGCCGCCGCCAUCUAACCACGAGGUGGUCUGAAAACAAACACAUGAAGCCAUCUGAAGAUACACCACGACAAGCUGCAAAUGAUUUUUCUGUAUGUACUGAGGUUAAUAUAUAGCUGAGAGUUAUGAAACUAUUCUGUGU